AUGUGGAAACGCUUUCCGGAAAUAAUGAGCUUUGACAACACGUAUAAUACGAAUCGAUUCAAGCUACCGCUCUUCCAGGUUACAGGCCAGACUUGCCUAAAGUCUGUCUACAAUGCCGCGUUCGGUCUGAUCGAUAACGAGAAACGUGAAGGGUUCCAAUUCCUCGCAGAAGGGAUCAAGAAAUUGAGUGAGAAACAUGAGAUUCCGCUACCUGAAGUCGUUAUCACCGACUACGAUCAGCAGAUGAAGGCAGCAUUGGAUAACCAGUUCCCCGACAGCCAACAACAAAUAUGUAUCCACCAUAUCAACUCCAACGUUCUUCUCAAUGCCAAACGGAAGUGGAAGAACGCAAAGGAAGAGAGCGAUAGCGACGGGAGACAUGGUGACCCGCCUUUAAAGAACGGCCGCCCCGCGCCUGUGCCUCACAGCUACCGGGGCGUCCUUGAGCUAUGGAAGUAUGUGGUCUUCGCACAGACCAAGCAAAAUUACGAGAAGGCAUGGGCUCAUUGCUUCAUCAAGAAAUACCGCAAUUUCGGGACGAAGUACUGA